AUGGAUUAACAAAAUAACCAAGUUUAAGCCACAAAGGAGCAUUGCAAGUACUGCUUCGAUGUCUUGAAAGCUGCCUUAAACAAUUAGCCUAUCCCACCAUUCCCAUCCCAGCUUCCUAAGUAUAAAUGCCCUCUUUUUGUCACUUGGCAUAUUGAUGGUGAUGAUUUGAGAGGAUGUAUAGGCACUUUUUAGCAUGAAAAUAUCGAAAAGAUACUUCCCUAAUAUGCAAUGAUUAGUGCUUUUAAAGACUCUAGAUUCAGCCCUAUUACUUUAAGCGAGUUACCUCGUUUGAAUGUUUCUGUCAGCCUUUUAGUUAACUUUUAGGAUAACAAGAAAUCUUUUGAUUGGGUUAUUGGUAAACAUGGUAUUAUUAUCGAUUUUUAGCACAACGGACAUACUGGAAAUGCGACCUUCUUGCCAGAAGUAGCAUCAGAUCAAACAUGGGAUUAGCGUACAACAUUAGAGCAUCUUAUUAAAAAGGCAGGAUAUAGAGGAAAAGAUCUUGAUAUAGUUAUACAUAAAAUAAAAUUGACAACUUAUGAGUCUUCAAAAUGUAGCUUAGAUUACUCUGAAUAUAUCAAUAUGUGA